CGCGCACGUACGCGUGGAAUUGCGGUGUGUUGGAAGUAUCCCAGGUAUCUGUGGUGGCGGGCCAUGAAGAACCACCCGAGACCAAACUCCUAACUCCGACGGCCGCGAUCGUCACCCCCUCAGCCUCGAGGGUAGCCUGGUGAACGACGGGAUGCCCCUUCCCUUUGUUCUCCACAGAAGGGGCAAACCCAAAUACUUAACUACAUCGGUGUGCAAAGUGAUAUAAACCUCUUCAUUGCCCACUUUCUAGUUUGCGGUCGACAAUUCGGGGAAUCCUGGUCGUUGCCGUUUGAGCUGAAUACCCUUGCAGCCCUUCAGGUGUCGGCACGCUGAUAUACAUAUAUACAUUUCCAGAAACGUGGAAAGUGAAACAAAAACCACUGUUCUGAACUACAGCAUCUCAUAUUCGAAAUAGCGACUUCGAUUUGAUCUCAUCUAUCUCAUCGCAUCUGGAAAUUGGAUAUCACAGAACAGCAAUGGACGACCGGACGCCACUUCUGGGAGGACCCUCGAGCGCUCCCCACCCUAGUUUUACCCUUGCCAGGAAAAAUGCCGAUGGUCAGCGAAGACCGCAGGCUAUCGGCCAUCGGGGUUACAAGGCAGCCUUCCCUGAGAACUCUAUGGCCGCCUUCGAGGGUGCUGUCAAAGUCGGCGCCGAUGCCAUUGAAACCGAUGUUCACUUGACAAAGGACGGCGUGGUAGUACUCUCACAUGACAAAACUCUUAAACGCUGCUUCGGCCUCGACAAGAAGAUUAUUGACUGCGAGUGGUCGUACAUAAAGACUCUUCGUACAGUGGCCGAGCCAAAGCAGUCCAUGCCUCGGCUCCUAGAUCUACUGGACUAUGUUGCGAGCCCUGGGCUGGAGCAUAUAUGGGUUCUACUGGAUCUCAAGUUAGACAAUGAUGCAGACGACUUGAUGCGGCUGAUCAGCGAAACAAUCGCUCAAGCAAAGCCAUCAACGCCGUGGAAAGAGAGGAUAGUGCUCGGAUGCUGGGCAACCAAGUACUUGCCGCUUUGCUCAAAAUAUCUUCCUGAAUUUCCAAUCACGCAUAUUGGCUUCAGUAUAUCAUAUGCGCGCCAAUUUUUGAAGGUUCCCAAUGUGUCAUUUAACAUGCUCCAAAAGAUCAUGGUUGGGCCGUGGGGAGAGCAGUUUUUGGCAGACUGCAAGGCAUUAAACCGCCCUGUGUUCCUCUGGACGGUUAACGAAGAGAAGUGGAUGAAGUGGAGCAUAAGUAAGGGCGUGGAUGGGGUCAUAACGGAUGAUCCAAAGAAAUAUUUAGAGGUUGCUGACGGUUACGAUGAGAAGAAGCCCCUGGACCGGGUGAGUCUGAGGGAUUAUCAUAGCCUGGCGUGGGUGAAUUUAUUGGUAUCGGUAUUCGGAUUUAUAUUCAGGCUCAGGUUUGGAUACUCCAUCAAGCCGGAAGAGAUGAGGAUACACCACGAGGAGGUCGCAGUGGGAAAGGUUUCCUCGUAAUUGGAGGGCAUACGGUUAGGAUUUAUGAGUGUCUGCUUCACAUGAAAUAUGUCGCCGAGGAACAGUGCUGGCAGCGCCGUCCUCGUAGUGCAAUAUUGGCACUACUUUAUAGAGCAUAUAUUACGAAUGGAUGAUGUG